GUAUUGAUAUAUAUAGGUCUCUGUGAAGGAGAUUGCAGACACGAAGAAGAGAAGAGAAGAGGAGAAGAGAAGAGAAAAUGGAAGUAGGGUUCUUGGGUCUGGGGAUAAUGGGAAAGGCCAUGGCCACCAAUUUGAUUAAGAGUGGCUUCAAGGUCACUGUUUGGAACAGGACACUCUCCAAGUGUAAUGAACUGGUGGAGUUAGGCGCAUCAAUUGGAGAAACUCCUGCAGCUGUGGUCAAGAAGUGUGAGCUUACCAUUGCUAUAUUAUCUGAUCCUGCUGCCACUCUUUCGGUGGUUUUUGACAAAGAUGGGGUUCUUGAAGAAAUUUGCAAUGGAAAAGGUUAUAUUGACAUGUCAACUGUUGAUCCUGAAACUUCCACCAACAUCAGCAAGGCAAUUACGGCAAAGGGUGGUUUUUUCCUUGAAGCUCCUGUUUCAGGUAGUAAGCAACCUGCAGAAGCUGGUCAAUUAGUAAUCCUUGCUGCUGGAGAUAAGGCACUAUAUGAUUUGGCAAUUCCAGCUUUUGAUGUUAUGGGGAAAAAGUCUUUCUUCUUGGGGGAGAUUGGAAAUGGAGCAAAAAUGAAACUUGUGGUCAACAUGAUAAUGGGCAGUAUGAUGAAUGCAUUUUCUGAGGGACUGGUGCUGGCAGAAAGGAGUGGACUGAACCCUGUCAAUCUUCUUGAUGUGUUGGAUCUAGGCGGAAUUGCCAAUCCCAUGUUUAGGGGGAAAGGACCAGCUAUGCUCAAGAGCAAUUACUCCCCUGCAUUUCCUCUGAAACAUCAGCAGAAGGACAUGAGGUUGGCUCUUGCCCUUGGGGAUGAAAAUGCUGUAUCAAUGCCAGUAGCAGCUGCAGCAAAUGAGGCUUUCAAGAAGGCCAGAAGCAUGGGAUUAGGGGACCUAGACUUUUCGGCUGUUUAUGACAUAGUGAAGGUGCAAAAGGAUUAAUCUAUUGUAUUUUCAUUUAUAUGGCUUUCAGCAGAGUGUUGGGCGUCAGCUUUGUUAGUUACUCCACAAGUUGUGGCUUUGUGGUAUUUAUGCAACUUGAAAUAAUGUGUUAAGAGGUUCUGAACUUAUUUUCAUCAUAGGCCACAGGAAAUUCCUUUUUUUCUGGUGUCAUGGUGAACUCCUGCUUACCAUUGCCGCAGAAUGGAAUUAAGGGUUGCAUUGCUAA